AUGACGAUUGAACUUUCGCAAUUGGUCAAUCCUCCUGUGGUGUCCAAACCAGUGGCCGAGGAUAUCCCCCCAAAAUACAUCUAUGGCACUCUCAAUCCAUACCCAGAAGCAUUGAAGGUUGAUAGCUUGAAUGAAUUGGCCAGCAACUGGAUAGAAAAGUUUUCCGAGAAUCUCGACUUUUUUAAUGAAAAAGCUGAUAAAUCCGAAGCAAAAAAGUCUCUUCAAACUCUCGUAGCUUCUCAUGCUUCUUGGAAAGACCAUUUAGCGCUUUCGUGGGACUUUCGCCAAUUCCAUGGAAUCGAUAAGAUCAGAGAAGCUCUUGAGAAGCAAGCACAAGAGUUCAAAAUCAAAAAUCUCAAACUAAGAGACGAUGCUCCAGUCAAAGUGGUGACCAUCCAUGAAGGUGAUCCUCCUAUAGAAUGGUUGCAAGUGCUUUUCACCUUCGAGAACGAAUACGGUGUAGGCUCAGGUGCAGUGAGACUAGUAUCGACCAAAGAUGAAAAUGACCAACUUAGCUUGAAGGCAUUGUCGAUUUUCACGACUCUUGAGAACAUUAAUGGUCAUGAAGAAGCAAUCGGUGCUCGUAGAUCAAGAGGUCUCAAUGUGGGGAUCUUCAACGAAAGAAAGCUUUGGGCCGAUGAACGGAAAAGUCAACUAGAAUACGGCAAAUCGAAACAACCAACUGUGCUCAUUGUAGGAGGAGGCCAGGGAGGUUUAACUGUAGCAGCCAGGUUGAAAGUUAUGGGAAUCGAUGCUCUUAUUGUAGAGAAGAACGAGAAAAUCGGUGACAACUGGAGAAACAGAUACGACUUUCUUGUCUUGCACGAUCCAGUUUGGUCUAAACACUUUCCAUAUCACAAAUAUCCAGAAAGUUGGCCCGAAUUCUCGCCCAAGGAUAAGUUGGGUGACUGGUUUGAAGCAUAUGCAAAGAACUUGGAAUUGAACUACUGGACAAAUAAGGAAGUCAAAAACAGUACAUUCAACGAAGAGACUGGUACCUGGAAAGUAGACAUUGUAGAUAGAAGUACGGGUAACGUGGUUGCAUUGGAACCAAGUCAUAUUGUUUUAGCCACGGGACAUUCUGGAAAACCAAAGAUUCCUGACUUCAAGGAUUUCAACUUGUUUCAGGGAACAGUCGUCCAUGCUGCUGACUACAAGAAUGCUGGCCAAAUUGAAGGAAAAGACGUAGUGGUUAUUGGAGGAUGUAAUUCAGCCAUAGACGUAGCCCAUGAUCUCUACGAGCAGAAGGUUAAGUCCACAAUUAUCCAGAGAUCGUCUACCUUGGUCAUUUCCUUGGAAAAAGGUGUCCGGACUACCAACGAAGGGUUGUAUGAUGAAAACGGACCUCCAGUAGAAGAUGCUGAUCUAAUCUUGCAUUCCCAGCCUAUCCAUUUGUUGAAUCUUCUUCUGCAGCAGCAGUUUAGAAGAAUUACGUCCUUGGAGCCUGAACUCAACGAGUCGCUUGAGAAAGCAGGGUUUAAAACUGACGCAGGUUAUGGAGCUACUGGUUUAUACGGUAAAUAUAUCCGUAGGGGCGGAGGUUUCUAUAUAGACGUAGGGGCAUGCAAGUUAAUUUCUGACGGAGAAAUUGGCUUGAAACAAGGUGUAGAAAUAGAAAGGUUCACCAAAGACAGUUUGGUGUUGACAGAUGGAUCUGAGAUAGCUGCCUCUACUGUCAUUUUGGCUACAGGAUAUGCAGACAUGAGAAACACCGCUUCAGAGAUCGUCGAUGAGAAGUCCAAUUCCAAAUUAAACUCCGUAUGGAACUUGGAUGAAGAAGGAGAAGUAAAAACCAUCUGGAGAGAUUCCGGACAUCCAAACUUUUGGUUCAUGGGAGGCAAUUUCCUUUUGGCUAGAUACUUUUCAAAGAGGUUGGCAUUAAAAAUCAUUGCAAGAAUAGAAGAAUUAGAUAAAAGCACAUAG